ACGGAAUAACAUUUCAUGGAUCCUCUUAAAAACAUUUGGGACUUUUGUGAUGCCGAAGAAGCCAAUCAGCGAUGAUGAAUGAGGCAGGACUUCGGAACACCCUCCCUGACCAGUCAUCGGGGAGUGGGCAAACUUUCGGCACCUCACGCCACCCAGGCGUCAUUGACCCUAUCUUAUCAAAGCGGGUCUGUUUCUACAAGAGCGGAGAUCCUCAGUUCAGUGGUUUGCGCCUUGUCAUCAACAACCGCACCUUUAAGACCUUUGAUGCACUUUUAGACAGUCUCUCCAAGAAGGUGCCCCUGCCAUUUGGGGUGAGGAACAUCACCACUCCUCGGGGGAUUCAUGCAGUCAAAUCUUUGGAUGAACUUAAGGAUGGGAAAUCAUACAUUUGCUCCGAUAGCCGUAAGGUAAAGCCCAUCAAUCUGGCGCUGGCCAGGAAGAAGCUGCCACCCUGGUACCACGCCAGACCAGUUAGCUCUCGCCGUCGGACUAUUCAGCAGGGUCGGUUUUUCCCAGGCCAGAGCAUCCACAAACAGGAGCCAGUGCUUAUUCGCACACCCAAGAGCCUACUGGUUUUCCGCAAUGGGGACCCCUCUGUAAAACACACUGUGGUGCUUCACAAGAAGACUUCUCCAAGUUACGAGGCUAUCCUGGAAUAUAUCUCAGAGCUCAUGCUGUUCCAUGUGGUGAAAUUACACACUCCUGAUGGCAGACGUGUUGACGGUGUUCCAGGCUUGAUAUUGUGCUCUGGAACUGUGGUAGCUGUGGGCAGGGAGCCAUUCAGGCCUGCAGACUACAGUGCACAGAAAUCUCCAUCUCCAACAUGGCGGCGUACCAAGCAAAUGAGUCUCAAGAGGCAAAAGGCUUUGAAUCGUAAGUUUAUAUUCAAAUAA